GGGGGCAAGUGAUUAAACUUAUCUCAAAGCGGAAGUAAAUAUAAAUGCAAAAGUUCAGAGAUUUGAAAACUAGCUGGGAUUUCCGCGUUUAAGUUGUGACACAAGGAACUGUCAUUUUAACGUAACCAACUUGAUGUUGUGUUUUAGUCAACGACCAUGAACUUUUAGAGCAGACGAGCUAGAAGGAGAAUGUAGUCCCUGAUAUUGGCAGAAACCUGGACAUUAGUCAAAACCUUGUCAGUUUCAUUUGAGUGGGAUUUUAAUCAAGGAGCUCACAAUGACAACCAAAAAUGAGCCUCAAUGAGCAGAACUUCCAGGACCCUGUUCGGGUCAAGGUUGUUGUCAUAGGAGACAUGUGUGUUGGAAAAACCGCCAUUGCGCAUCGAUUCACCAAGAAUGCAUUCGAAGAGAAACUACCACAUACCGUAGGAGCCAGCUAUUACAUUCGAUCUAUGGAGAUAGAAGGGAGGACAAUCCUGUUUCAGAUUUGGGACACCGCUGGCCAGGAGAGAUUCCGGAGCCUCGUUCCCAUGUACCUUCGGGACGCCGACAUAGCCUUGCUAGUGUAUGAUAUUACGUCAAAGGAAACCUUUCACAGCUUAGAGUUAUGGAGAACAGAACUUUUAACAAGUGCGCCAUGUCACGUGACAACGGCGGUGGUGGGCAACAAAUCGGACCUCGGCGCCAAAAGACAAAUAGAGUCCACGGUUCGUAUUCACGUGAUCCGAGCAGGAAUGCUCGCAUUAAAAAAGACCGGCCGGGCGUACGCGGUCAAACACAGGAUGCUGUAUACAGAGACCUCGGCCAAACUAGGGACAAACGUAGAGGAGCUGUUCUACGACUUGGUCGUCAUCAUUGGAGACAGCGGCGUGGGCAAGACAUCCAUAGCACAGAGAUUUGCUCAAGACUCUUUCUCCGAAAACACGGCCAUGUCAGUUGGCGCUGGUUAUUUUGUGAAACACCUGGAAAUUGAGGACAGAAAGGUGCAGUUUCAAAUAUGGGACACGGCUGGCCAGGAAAACUUCAGAUCCCUCGUUCCUAUGUUUCUGAGAGACGCAAAAAUUGCACUUUUAGUGUAUGAUAUCACAUCAAUGGAAUCGUUUUUGAACCUUGAAGCUUGGCAAUCUGAUCUCCUUACAGCGGAACCAGAAGUUACUGUGGCUGUUAUAGGAAACAAAUCAGAUCUAAAGGACUACAGAAAAGUGGAAGUUAGGAAAGGCCAGGGGUAUGCAAACAGGCAUAAAAUGCUGUUUACCGAAACGUCAGCGAAAAGGGGCACCAAUGUUGAAGAAAUAUUCUUUGAACUAGGGUCCCAGCUGUUGCAGAGGAACGUACAAGAGAAAAGUGAACAAAAUAUCAAAGUAGGACCUGGUGAAAGCAUGUCCAAAAAAGUCCGCGACUGUUGUUUAUAAUAUUAUGAACCACUUUUGUGACUGAAAUGAGCAGUAUCAGAAUGGGUGAUUGCAAAUAAAUUAUGCAUGAGUUUCGAUUAUGAGCCUAACUUCAUUCGUAGUAGAUACCGUUGUGAACACUUGGCUUUGGAAAACUCGUAGAUGUGAGAUUGAGGUAGUUGUGUGUGUAUGUUACACGAGAUCUUAGACUAAGUACUACACAGCGUCAGUGUUCAUAUUUUUCAAAUCUGUACAAUAGAUUGUAUUUAUAUCUCCAUAUCUUAUUAUAUGUUUCAAUUUAUGUGAGGUUCUAGGAUAGCAAUAUUUGGAAUAGUAAAUUGCAUGAGAAUCAAUUUUAUGUCUUGAUCAAUGCAAGGGAAUAAAUUAAGUUUCUUAAUUUUGAAUUUUAACCCUUAUAAUAUGAGGGACCUAUAACAUUAUGUAGUUGACAGUUGUAUUCAUGUAUCAUGUAAUAAGGUUUUUAACCAUUAAAACUUAAACAAGAUAUUUCCGGUUUUUAGCCGUAUAAGGAGGAUAGAAAACGGAUUCACCCUUCACUUCCGUCUUUUCAACGCGUGUAAAACACAUUGUUUUUUAAAAUGAACAUUUUCAUGUAGUUAUGGCUAGAAAUAAAUCGACAUAAAGAUGAAUUGCCAUUGGGGAAAAAAACGUCCGCGUGUUUGCGUUUCCAAUAAAACAACUUCAAAAGAAGUGAUUAAUCCUUCUUUUGGAUAACAUGUUUCUCUAUUAGUAACAUGCAAUUUGACAUUCAAGUACUAUUAGCAAUGGAUGAAACCAUAUGGCUUAAGACCCUUAAAUUCUCGACAAUAAGCUCAAAUUCGAAUAAAAAGCGAUUGCCUGCAACAAAACUAUAAGUCCGUUGCAAGAUCCAUAGCAGGCUAUAAGAUGAGCAGAGCUCCCAUCAUAUUGACUGCUCUGGUUUUAAUGGUCGCCACAAUCCUCGGUUAUCCCGCCCGUGAUGGUAUAAUUUGCUAUGACCCUCCAUGCUAUCACCCUCACCAUGGCUUACAGACAAAACAGUACCUCCCUCCCCCUGAUGGGACAGAAAUCCACACCCAGAAGCGACAGGACAGAUCACGACAAAGUAGGUCAAUAUACAGACCCCCGAAUGACCCUGACUGGGACCACGGACAGAGAGUAUACCGACCCCCGGGGGAUCCGGACUGGGAGUAUCAGGAGAAAGUAUAAAAAGUAUACUUCAUGGAAGGCGUUAAACAUGGAGCAAAUAAAUAUUCAUUUGUGAAUUGAA